AUGCCUCCUUUAAAUAAAAGAAAACACCAUCUUGAGGCUGUGAAAAAAUCAAAAGCUGAGCAUGCAUAUAAAGAAAUCGAUAAAAAAGCUGAUAGUUACUUUGAAGUUUUACUAGCAGCUGCUAAGAAUAAUAAUUUUUGGAAAGUUGCAGUAGCACAAUAUAUAAAAUCUAUUACUUCUUAUUUAUCUUUAAUCAAUUCUUUAAGGUUUAAUAUUGCUUUAACAUCUACUUAUAAAUUUUUAGCUGCAGAUGCAGCAGUGCAAUUAAUGGAGACAAAUUUGGUUGAUGAGGCUGUAGAUACAAUAGUGAUUAAUAAGGAUGGAGAUACAAUAAUAGUUGAUAAUGCUGUAGAUUCAAUAGUUAAAUCAGUAGAAAUAAAUAUAAAUAAUAAUAAAGCCUAUAUAAAACAAGCAAUUGAGAAAUUAGACAAUAUGUUAGAAAAAGACAGUAAACAAAUUGAUAAGGAACUAAGUGAAUUUUUAUAUGAAUCUUUGAGACAUAUUCAUUUAACUGUAGAGCAACAUUUAGUCUACUCAGAAAUUCCAAAUAGAUAUAUUACAGAAACACUUGAAGUUGGUAUAAACCAUGAUGGCACAAUUUUUGUAUUUGCAUUUGAUAAUAGUUCAAGUCAUGGUGCUUUUGCAGAAGAUGCAUUAGUAGCAAGCAGAAUGAAUGUAAAAUAUGAAGAUGAAGAAAAGAUCUGUUGUAAUAUAAGGAAGUUAGCAAGACAGCCAGAUUUUAUGGAACAAAAAAAUAUUCUUGAAGACAUUAUAUAUAGUCAAGGGUUGCAAAAUAUUGUACCAGAAGCUCUUGCUUCUGUAGACAUUAUAACAAUUCGUAAGUUCGCAAAAAGAGCAUGGUGA